GCAAGAUAAAAGCAAGACCUUCACUUCUUGACUUUCUCAUUUUUGGUAUCUUCUUCUGUGGUUCGCGGAAAGCAAGGCAACAUAGAAGAGCUCAUAGAAGCAACCUGUGUGAGGAGGUAUCCUUCUUUGCACUCUCUGUUAUUGCAUUAAUUUCUCUUUUACUAGUACUACAUAUCAGCCAUCAUCAACCAUCAUCAACCAUUCAUUAUUACUUAUCUUUUAAAAAAGCAUGUCCAACAGCAACAAUCCUCCCGUGAUCAACUUUAACAAUGUGGUUGUGGAUCACAGCACGACGGUAGUGUACAAAAAGCCGAAUCAACAGACGUUUGUUCCUGCAUUUGCCCAGCAACAACUCAAGUCGACAGCCGGUGGCAAGACAAAAACGUUCAAGGGUGCCACGACGGUCGUCAACAGCACUGCCGGCCCUGUCAUUAAGGGACCCACCAUCUCCACUAAACCACCACAACAGUCCAGUGGGCCUCAAAUUUCCAUUACCGCUGCCACUGGAUCCCAUGUCCCCAAGCGAAUCAUUCAGGCACAACCGGCUCAAGCGGCGGCACCCGUGGCGUAUGUCCCGGCACAGCGUCUCUACAAGAAAAAAUUAGACGACAAAUCCUACUUGAAUCGAAACAAGGAUAAUGAAGAGGAACAACCACCACCGCCCGCCAAACCGACGCCAACGCCGGUAGUGACACCCCCACCGGCUCCUGCCGUGCCCGAACCGGCCGUUGUACCACCAGCACCAGCACCAGCACCUCCCAAAUCAUGGCCACCACAACCAGCAGCUCCUGCAGUGAGUGGUGGUGCUCCAGCGGCAACCGGUGGGGGAGGAGGUGGAUCUGGGGCCGCCAGUGGUAGUGCUGGAAUGGCUGCCUCAAGUGGAACUGGGGGUGACAGCGCUCCGGCACCAGGAGGAGAAACUCCAGGAACAGCAGCAGCCGGCACAAAUACCGGUACGGCAGGAACGGCUCCUGGCACGGGAGCAACAGCGGCAGGAACGGGAACGGCAGAAGCAACGGGAGGUGGAGGAGCCACUACCACCACCACCGUAACCACCACUACGGUGGAACAAAAAUCAUGUUGUACAAUUUUGAAUUCAGAGGCAGAGGGCAGCGAGGAGGAUCACAGUAUUGACGUUUCCACUGAUCCCACCCAGGAAUAACUGGCCAAGGCAAACACGAGAAUUCUUUUUUCAAGGUUUCUUGAAUGGUUUUCUCUAGCUAGUACAUGUAGAAUUCGUAAAACUACACAAACACCAAAAGAACUAGCUUUUCCUAGAUUUAUCCUACAUGUACUGAUCUGGAAGCAUGAAUACAAGACAACAUACAAGAGUGGCUCAAGAACACGGUGUGGGACCGAUCGUAACGAGCAUGGUCAGAAGAAUAAAUUCCACUUGUAUCGGCGGCUGAUUUGAGACCUGCAAAUCGUGUACAAGAUUUUAGGGACACUAGCUCUCCUAAUAAGAACCAUGUCAGAGAAGCUUCUUCAUUUUUGUGUUCUGUGGCAACAACUUUUGCUGGUUGUGAGCGGCUGGACCUUUCAUUUGGCCACGAAAAAGGCUGAUGAUAGAGGAAGGAGGUGUUGAUAGAGAGGUUGCUAU